CUCGAUUUGAUUCAGGACAAGGCCCACCUCGAAGAUUUGGUCGAGAGACAAGCAAAGGUGGAGCAAGCUCGACGGCUCGCGAUUUUGAGGGCGACGCCUGGUGCGACUCGGGACGAAAGCACCAGAACGGCUGGCGAUCUCGACGAGCGAACGCCAGAGGAAAAUGUUGAAGAAAUGAGAGACUACACCGAUUAUACAGGGUCAACAGGUACAAAAGGGAGUUGCAAUACCAAAGUGACAGCCUCAGUAGAAGCGCUCCUGGCUGGGCAGCGUCGUGCCUCUUGGUGGACAGAGUUCAUGGAAAUUUGGAAGCGAACACUUAUCGCUCGAUUGCGCCAACGCUUUGCCACCCGACUGACAAUAAUUCAAAAUGUCUUCAUCAUGGUUCUUGUUGGAAUCUUUUUCUUCGAUGUCGGACGCCAUCCGGCUAAGAUCGAUACGCGUAACGGGGCGAUCUUCUUCCUACUGACCCACCCUCUUUUCUCCGCCACGUUCGAGGCAAUGCUUCCGUUGGUCUCUUCUGCGGCCGUCUUGCAUCGUGAGUUUCAGACAAAGCGCCUCUACCGGCUUUCAUCGUUCUUCCUCGCUCGCACUACAGGCGAACUACCUGUCGUUUUAGUGUUUCCGCUCAUCCACACCGCAGGCGCCUGGGGUCUCAUGCAAUUUCAUACUGACGGCGUGGAGCAGAUCGGAAAAAAUCUGGAUUUUUUCGGAAUGGCCGUCGUUUCUCUUCUUGCAGGGCAGAGUUUUGGUUAUUUUCUAGGUUCGCUUACCCAGGACGUAGAAUUACGAGUGUAGGAAAUGUAUCCCUAAAGUCAUCUGGACAAAGAAAAUAAGAAGGAAAAGGGACCCAGAUGAUCUGUGGCAUGCAUUCCCGAUAUAUCUAAUCGAAGUUGCCAUUAGUCUUGCGAUUGUUACGCUGGUCCCGCUGUUCUUGUUGAAUCCGUUCAUUCUUGACGCCUCUUUGAUUCCGGGUGGCAUAGCCUGGGUGCGGUAUUUGAGCCAGUUUUUCUACGGCUUUCGCGCAUACGUCACGUGGUGCUGGCAGGAUAUGGAGCUAGACGCAUGUUCGGCGCAUGAAGCGGCAGUAGAAUUUCCUAAAGAGUGCGCCCUAUACCACACGGGCGCAGACGUACUGCGACAUCGAUUCGGGAUAAGUGACACCGAGGAAAUUCGCGGCUCAGCCUUUGCGUGUCUCUUCGCGCUCACGCUGGGAUUCAGAUUGCUUGCUUUCUUACGCUUUUACCUGCGAUAUGAAUACUCGGACAACUGGCGACUAGCACUCGGACUUCUACAAACGGACGACAAUUCUAGUGGAAUUUUCAGAACGAGGAGUACUAGCACAAAUGCUGUGCUGGCAGCUGAUAGUAGUGCAGACACUCCGCAUCCGCGCCCGCGGCGUUCGUCCAUUAGUAAUCUCGUUCGAGGAUUCAUGUUCAAACCUCUUGCGUGAACCAUGGUUGUCAGCGUCGCAUUGCUGUAAGUCAUUGUUGUGAGAUGUGUCUAGAAAAGUGAAACCAAAAAGCAAAACAUUCGAUUCAUGCGUCCCUCUCCCUCAUUCGGUAACAAUGCCUUGUCCAGCUCGCAAGUGCAACUGCAUGAAGACAGUGAUCAAGAGAAAGGCCACGAAAAGAUUGAGAAACAUCAAGAAAUGCGACGGGAUGACUCGGGUGCAAGCCGUGAAAGCUCAAAAGAGCAAGGAAGAAAAGUCCCCUCAUGUAUCUUCAAUACAUUCGGGGCACAGACCGGUGCGAAUCUGUUGCAUGGUUGGUGCGCUGGUGCGGUAAGUAAGUAUCUUAACGUGCAUGAUCAUUGGGGUUCAACCUCGGACGGUGGUAAGGGUAAAGAUGAAGGAGACGCCGCUAGUACAGCAAGUAGAAAGAAGUUCGAGUUUUCUAUUUCCGCCCCGAAUAAUGUAAUAAAUGGCUCACGUACUUCGGAAGGGGCUUCGAGAAGUCAAGGAGGAUGAAGCAGCUGAGGAGACCUUCAUGUUUUCAGGAGGUCCGUAAAGAAAGAGUACCCUUGGUACUACACGUGGUUGCGUCCCGAAGACUCAGUGGAUAUAGACAUCAAACUCGAAGCUUAAGCUUUAUGCUGGUUCGGAAUGAAAAAAAAAACUAAAUUAACGCCCCUAUAUACCUGUGGCAGUCUGCGCCGAUCUUGCGCGACACUCAUCGCAUUGCAUUGAAAAAGUGCACUAGUGUACACUGUGCUACUAGUGGAGACCGAAUAGAAGACGGAUGUGUCUAGACGGAUGUGUCUUGUUCCAAUGUUUUGCAAAGGCGGUGACUCGAUUAACCAGGACGCUCUCUCAAC